CACUAGCUUACCUGAAUCCAGCAGACAUAAAGCUGUAGCAGGAAAAACUGUGGCUAUGACUGAUCUUUUAUACAUUUCCUUGGAGUUUUACAUAAAACAAAUUAUCACACAUUAUAGACUCCUUAUUUGAGUUACACUCAAAAUUAAACAUGAUUGACCUCGUUGUUAUUAUUCUUGUUGUUAUUAUUAGUAGUAGUAGUAGUGUUUUAUUAAUAGGUGGUCUCAGUGAUGGAUAUUUUCUCAAUUUUUUCCAAGGCAAAACAAUUAUUUGGAAGCUUAAUUAAUCAAUCAAUCAACCAACCAAUGCAAUGGACCAUUUUCCCUGAACACUUGUUUAAGUGUCUCUGGUCGCUCGAUGACCUCGAUGGACAGAGACUCGCAAACCGGAAGAGGAAAACACAUGGAUUAGUGUGUUUACAAAUCCCGUCAUCCUGCGCGCACCCGGCAUCAUCCUGUCCAUAUAUAUCUAUGAUCCUGUCAUCCAAAGUGGACCGAAGCUAUUUGCAUUUGUCCGGUGCCGCUGUUUCGACUCUGCAGACAUCACUAUGGUUAUUAUGAGAAUGAUCAGAUCACGGGCUUGUGUUGGAUGCUUCGCCGAGGACUAGAGGGUUUUAAUGCGGGCUGCAGCUGCUGAGGGGGGGAUCUGUCGCAGCGUCGGGCCACCCACCAUCCUCGGAAGUGGGACAAGGGAACAGAUGGCGCGUCCAAGCCGGGCUGCAGGGCUGCUGAGGAUCAGUCAGUGAAAUAACCGCCUGUCUUUGCCUGUUUUUCUAUUCGCUGCAUCUUUCGUGAACUUGACGAGGCCACAGUGAUUUGAGUGAGAGUGGGGGACGGGAUGUGGGGGAGCAUCGCGGAUUCAUCGCCAUUCAUUGAUGCGCGCGGCGGACUCGACCUGCUGGCAUCAACCUAAUCAUCUGUUACGCGCCUCUGGUCCGGUGAACAAUGGUUGACAACCGCUACGCCACGGCCCUGGUCAUCGCCUGCGUGCUGAGCACGCUAGCCACCGUGUACGUGUCGGUGGCCAUCGGGACGCAGCACUGGUACCAGUACAGCAGCCCCAGCGUGCGCGGGGAGGCCAACGUGUCCGAGCUGCGCUCCCUGUACGAGGAGUUCCUGGACGGGGAGUUUGACGAGAAAACUUACAGCGACACCCUGUUCCGCCUCAACGGCACCGUGGGCCUCUGGUGGCGGUGCGUGCUCGUCCCUGCCCACGCGCUUUGGCACAAGGAGCCAGAUGCCAAACUGGUGCUGGAGUGUCGAAGCUUCACUCUGUCUCAGCAGUUCACUCCCAAGUACAAAGAACCAGGAAAUCACAACAGUGGAGAGGACAUGCUGCGCACCUACCUGUGGAGGUGCCAGUUUCUGUUGCCACUGGUGUCACUGGGCUUAGUGGUGAUGGCAGCCCUGAUUGGCUUCUUCGCCUGCCUCUGCCGAAGCCUCACCCCAACCCUUGGCAUCGGAGUGCUUCACCUACUGGCUGGUCUCUGCACCUUAGCCACAGUGUGCUGCUACCUGGCAGGGAUGGACCUGCUCCACAGGGUGUCUAUGCUCCCCGACAAGGUGGACGGCUCGCUGGGCUGGUCCCUGUACCUGGCUCUCAUCUCCUCGCCGCUCCACAUGAUGGCCGCUGCGCUGCUGGUGUGGGCGGCACGCAGCCACAGUCAGAAUUACUACCGCAUGACAGCCUACCGCGUUGCAUAGACUGAGAGCUGGGUGAAUUCAUACCCCGCUCUGACACCAAGAUGGAUUUUAUAGGAUGAUCUCAGAGGAGCGGGAUUUGGGUCAAUCUGCGCACCUCCGAUGGAUUAACGUGCAUGCACACUACAGUAAAGACCCUAUCUGCUGCAUUAAAAGAUUAGAUUUUCAUCUUUCGCUGGGAAUUGGUUUAAAAAAAAGUCAAUCAGAAAGACGUGUAUAGCGCUUCACAUGCUUGGUUAAGAGUAGAUUACUACACGCUCAUUCAAUUCAAUAUAUAUUGCGUUCACAUCAGAAAAGUUCCGGAUCACAGGAUGGCAUGAUUUCACUUCUACUAUAGGAAGACUGUCUCUACCAGGUUAAUUGCAGACACUGAAAAUGCAGUUACUUAAAAACCACAACACGUGUUCUGUGUUCUUACUCCCUCUACAAUUUGAUCUCAGUAGAAAGCAUUGAUGCAAAGGCGGGAGCGUCCAAAAUGCCCUUAACAAGCUACAGAGUCUGGAGAAUGUUCCUUUCAGGACACUUGAAGGUCCAGUGUGUAGAGUUAAGUGAUAUCUGUUGGUGAGGUUUCAUGUUAGAACUGAAUACCCAUCACCUCACCUUCCCCUUCCAAACAUGAAAGAUAACUAGUUGUUGCCCACAGCUGUUAAAAGGGGUUGUUACUGAAUUCACCUAAUUUCUGAGAUUCUUCUGGAGGACAGAAUGUGACAUUCCUUGAAAAGCACAGUGCUUAAACAGGCGGCCGUGUCUCCUGUAUGGAUGUCUGUCAACAUGCGCCUUGUAAAAGUCCCUUGCAUUAAAGGAAAAAUGUGUACUAUGUACUAUAGACAAUGUGGUAGUGCAUUAGUUGUACAGUUUGUGCUAUUAGAGUGGGAUGCACCAAAUGCUUCACUGCCCUCUACUGGUUGAAAUCUGUUAUACUUCUGCUCACACCCCAGGAUGAACUGGGUGCGGUGACAUUUCUGAUGAUGUCCCGGACACACCCUAACUGUAUCAACUCAAACAAUUGAAGAUAUUUAUUCUUACGUUGCGUAAUAAGCCUUUUACCAACAAGGUUCGAAACACAGUCUGGGAAUGUGAACAACAAUGAGGUUUACAGUGAGAGACUAUCUCUGUACUUUUGUUGUAGUUAUGGGUUAAGGGAUAGAUUAGGUCAAAGGUCAGUUUUAUUAAGAUUGACUUUCGACUUAAUUGACAUUUAUUUACUUGUGAAAAUGAUGAAGGUCACAUGGUGUUUCAUGGAUAUUGUUUUGUUCGCUAUUUUGAAGUAUGAUUUUAAUGUUUGACAGAUUUUUUUAGCCUUUUUUAGAAUAAGAAAAAUCCCUCGUGUACUCAACAGUAAAAGUACUUAUUUGUGUUCUGUGUUCUCAUAUUCUCACUGAAAUAGGUUUCAAAGUCUUUUGUGAUUUAGUUUGUGCAUAUUAUUUAUUUGAUUUAUGUUUGUUCCUUGAUUAUUAUUAAUUUUUCAAUCAUUUCCUUCUUUCGCCAUUAUCGGGAUAAAAACCACAAAGUUCAGUCAAUAACCGGAUCUAAGGGAAACAGUUUCAUGUGAGGCAUUACGAAUGUACUUUAAAUGCCAUAUUAGGAUAAGCUAAAGUAUUCCUUUGCACUUAAAUUAUUUUUGAACAUAUCUGAAUAUUGCUGUAGUGCUUGGUAGUGAAUUUCUAUUUUUUCACAAUGUAAAUGUCCCAAAAAAAUCAAAUGAAUUUACAGAAAACGCAGUUGUUACAUAUAAAAUCCUGCUGUAAGUUUCCGUUGAUAUAUAGAGUAUAAGCGCUCACAAGGUUAUAUGUGACAAAGCCUGUGUAGUGAAGCAGCCUUUAAAUACAAGAUAUUCAUCAACCCCCGAAUCCACGAUAGAGUAAAUAGUGUAUAACAGCUUUAUGACCGUGCUUUUGUGAAUCUACAUUGAAUGUGUCGUCCAUCCUCCACCUGAAUAUUGUUGUUGAGCAUAAGCAACUGCUGUCGUUUCAAUAAAAAAAAGUUUUGCAAGAAUUUAUUUCACAGUCA